AUGGAUUCCCAACGCCCUCGUCCAAGCAUUCUAUCUCUAUUCGACCCUCUCACUGGAUCUCCCAGCUCUAUGCCUGACAAGGAAAACAACCCUGGCGAUUCAUCCUUCUUCCAUCCUAGCGGAUUUAAGAAUGCACGCACUCCAGUUCAGCCUACCUUCAGGCGACGCCUUAUUGAUGUCGGCGAUAUUACUAUUGAUGACCCUGAUAUUCAAGAACUUCUUACUGAAGAAGAUGAUUUUGAACGCGAACUUAACUGCAGCCUUGCAGAAGGAGAUGAUGAUAAUGACACGCUGACGUUCCGGGACAUGGUCAAAGCAGCAACACCCAAGUGGAUUGGGACCAGUUGUCAUUACACUUCGCUGACAACUCCUAAAUCCACAUCAUCUCCCCGAACACCACUAGCACAACUACCAUUCAAAGAUGAGGUAACACCCGUGGCGCGUAAGAAACCAUUCAGACGCCCAAUCCAUUCCGUGGCAUCAAAGUUGGCCCACAUCGAUAUCGCCGAAACGUCCAUUGAAGAUGUUCUUCCAACUACACCCGCCAAAAUUUCCUUUGAAAUUUCUUGUUCGGGGUCAAAGCCUACAUCUCCAAAUGGGUUAUCACCACUUGAAGCAGGACAUGGCGUCGAGACUUUAAACUAUUCAACAGAUGCUCUAGGUUCCUCGGUCUCCACUCUGAACUUACCUGCUUCAACUGGGCCGUUUAUUUGCGAUAUUUCAAUUCCUCAGAAAACACCCGAAACGUUGGCUGUUUCAACGGACACUCUUGGUUCUUCGGUCUCCACUUUGAAUUUGCCGCCACCGUUAGGUGCAUCGAUUACAGACAUUUCUAUUCCUAUCUCCGUUUCACCCGCCUCACCGAGAGCAUUUACGUAUCCAUCGGCAUCCUCGCCAGAGGGUUCAAAAGCUAGACUUCGACCGGGCUUAGUUUCCAGUGACACUUCAAACCGUCUUUCUAUCGAUCUACAAUCAUCGUUUCAGCUCCAUCUGGCAUCGACGGAUACUACGUUCGAUUUAUUAAAUGAAAAAAUAUCCUUUCUCAACUUCAAAGAAGGCCAUUCGUUUCUAAGUAACAUGGACCUUGAUGGCAGUUUUGGCGACGACGAUUUCACCCCAGCCAAAGGCAAUGAUCUAAAGGUUCAUGAAUUUGAAAAAGUGGUAGUAUGUAAAAAUCUUGAAAGUAACCCACAAUCCAUAAAAGGGUCUUUAACAAUCGGGGAAGACUCGCCCCGUCCAGAAGUUGGCUUAGACAACACCGAUACCUUCCAGGUUUUAAAAUCGGAAACAUUGGCUUCCGAGCGCGUAUCUAUCAAAUUUUCGACGCCAGGGUUGUCAAGUACACACCAAAAACUUCUUCGCAAAUCUGAUACAUAUUCAAAAGAUUUAAAAGAAAGGGUUUCGGAAGGUUCUCCCUCAUUAUCGGCACCCAAUGACAUGAAAAAGUCGUCCCACCAUCAGCCGAGAGACAUAACCUUGUUAGCAACACCUAGUUCUUCAUCAACUUUACAACAACCUCCGCGGGCAGUGCCUGCCCUCAAGAUCGUGAAAAGGUCAAAAUUGCUUGUCAGUUCUCAAAUCAAUACCACAUCCUCUACCACACAAAUUAGACGGACCUCAAUCGUCGCCGAUCCUCCUCCGCUCGCAUCGAAAAAUCCCUCAAAAUCUCCUUCAACUAAAUUGAUGGUUUCAAGAAAUGAUUCUGCGCAGAAUGACGGUCUUCUGUCCAUCAGGGGCCUUAAGAGAAUCAGUUCCAGCCAACCAACAAAAAGCGUACCAUCUACUUCCGACGGUCCUAGGAGGAUCCCGAUUUCUGGGGGAUCGAAGCUUACUUCUGGGAGAACAGCUGUAUCCAUUGACCCCCAAAACUCUUCGAACAACGGGCCACGACGAAUACUAGUUCCUGUUGCCGCUGUCUCUUCGACUGCGAAACCUCUUCCGAUACUUGCCUCUAAAUCAGCGGUGCAGUCAUAUAGUGGUCUUAAACAACCUAAUAAAUAUGGUACUGUUGGAUCCACGUCUUCGAUUCCAAAACCAGCCCCUCGUACCGCAAGCUCGCAUUUACCGGGGCGCACUACCAACAAGACGCGGUCAGGGUUGACAAUGCCAAAAUCGACCAAGAAUGUCUAG